AUGUCACAAGAAAAAAUAUUAGAUCUUAAUGAAUUCAUACAAAAUCCAAACGAUUGCUCAGAAUUAUUUAAAAUUUGGGAUUCUCAAAGAUCUGUAAUGACAAUACCAAAUUCCUUUGCAAAUAUUAUUCAACAUACAACAAAGAAUCCUUCAUUAAAAUCUAUCGGAACCAUUAUAAUUCGUAGAAUUAUCAGGAAUUAUAUGAAAACAAUUGAUCGAAAUUUAAGUUCUGAUCGAUUACCAUUAUGUCAAUCAACAUUGAGACUAUUGAUAAUGAUGAACUCACACGAUAUUUCAACCACAAGAGAAUUACAAGAAACAUUCCAUUUUAACUUAAAGGUAUUUUCAAAAUUAGUAAAUAUUAGAAGAAAAGAUUCCCAAAAUAUUUCACGACAGAUCAAAACUAAGAAUUUUGCAAAUUUAAUAUUUAAAGGCUUAUCUCAAGAUAAUUAUGAGUUUGUAGAAGAAAUUUUUCAAACUUUUUAUAAUUAUAUAAUUUUAGAUAAUAAAAUUGGUAUAAAAUCAAAACUCGCAUUUUUCAAUAGAGGAUUAUUAAACCAACUUUUAAAUCUUUAUUCUAGAUCUGAAACAGAUUUACCAGAAUCAAAUAAAUUUAUUACAGACCUAGUACACAAAUUUCUAUUAUCAAUCUGUUGUACACCAGGUGUUGGUAUUUGUUUUCAAGAUGAAGGAUGGUAUCCUUAUGGUGAAUCAGAAAAGAUGUUUCCUUUAUUGUGA